AUGAGUUGCGAUUACUUUCAGCAAUACGAUGACUUUAUUUCAGCUUAUGCUAAAAUAUAUCACUUGAAAUCAAAUGAGUCUUUAGAGGAGAUUCUCAACUUGAUUUUGAACUGUUUAGUUGACAAAUACAAGAUUUCAAUACAUGCACUUCUCUUUAGCAUAACUAACGCAUCAGCCUACAAUUACAGAUCAAAGGAACUAUACUCUGAACUCGAUGACCAGUUAUGUUCUAAAUUUUCAAUUCAGCCAAGAGCCACUAUUUGCAUUGGCACAGAAUUUGAUGAUUUUCUUGAUUCAGAUUUUUCUUUCAAAGAUGAAUAUAAUACGAUAAUAAUGAAUGAUCAAAUAUAUAAAUUUAGGGACUAUGUAUCAGAAAAUGGCUUUGAAAUGAAAAAUCAAUCUAUAAUUAAAAGACGCUAUUACUCGAAUUCAUACUAUACUAGAGAUCUUGAAAAGUGUGCAUACUUUGGAUCGGUAAAUAUAUUCAAUUUUAUUCAAAUAAAUUUUCAUGAUGAAAUAACACUGAAAUGUCUUCGCAAUGCAAUAGUUGGAGGAAAUACAGACAUUAUCAAUGAAUGCUUGAAAUAUCAUCCAAUAGAUGAAGAUUGCUUCAAUUAUGCAAUUGGUUCUCACAACAAUACUUUUCUUAAAUAUAUUUUAGAUCAUGACCUUAUUGAAGCAGAUAAAUUCUCAUAUCAAGAUGUAAUAGAUUCACAAAAUCUUGGAGCAGUUUUUCUCUUAUUCGAGAAAAACAAAAAUUUAAUCUUUCCAUGGUGUGCAGCAUUUCCACAAACUUAUGAUUUAAUCAAAAAUACAAGAAUUAAUCCGAAAACUUCUCGCCAAUUUGCUGGAAUGACCUUGCUUCAUUUUGCAUCUUCAUAUAAUUGUAUUGAGAUAUGUAAGCUUUUAUUGGAUUCCACAAAAGAUUAUCAAAUUGAUAUUGAAUCAUUAGAUAAUAAUGGUGAAACUCCUCUCUUUUGCGCUGUUCAUGACAAUAAUGAAGAAAUCAUCAAAUUUCUCCUUUCGAAAGGCGCCAAUACCAAUACAAGGAAUAAAAAUGGUAAAUCCCUUCUUCGUGUUGCUAUUGGUGGCAACAAUAUAGAAGUAACCAAACUUCUUAUCUCACAUGGAGUAAAUGUUAAUGAAACAUCAUCAGGAUUACCUAUCCUAUUAAUUGCUGUGAGAAAGAACAUGACUGAUAUAGUUGAACUUCUUAUUUCUAACGGUGUUGAUAUUAACGUUCAUAGUGGAAUUCUUUCUGAGACAUUAUUGAAAAAUAUAUGGGCAUCUGGUAUAACCGCUCUUCAUUAUGCAGCAUUAAACAACAAUGAAAUAAUGCUAGAUUUCCUAAUUUCACAUGGAGCCGAUAUCACAGCCAAAGACAUCUCCGGGAAAACCGUUCUAUUCUAUAUAAUAGAUAAAGAUUAUAAAAGGAAGAUAUACAAGAAUAUAUCCUUUGGAAAAUUAGAUAGAAUUUUACCAGAAGAUGACAGAAUAAAAGCACUAAAUAUUCUCAUUUCUCAUGGUGCUGAUAUUAAUGCAAAAGAUGAAAAUAGCAAAACAGUACUACAUUAUGCUAUCAUUUUUAGUAGUAAGGAACUGAUUGAGCAUCUUAUUUUACUUGGAGCAGAUGUUAAUGCAAAAGAUGAAAAUGGAAAAUCCCCUCUUAAUUAUGCAAUGGAAGAAUAUGAAUGGGACUUUAUUCAAGAUACCAAAAUAUAUGAUACGAGAAAAUAUCAAGCAUGUAUUUUAUUUGAUGAAUAUUCAAUUAAUCUUUCUUAUGCAAUAACUAAAAUUCUUGUUUCGAAUGGUGCAGAUGUUACUGCAAAAGACAAUCACGGAAAAUCAAUUCUUCAAUAUGCAAGAGAAUAUGGGCUUGAUGAAAUCGAGGAGCUUCUCAAUUCACACAUUGCAGCCAGCAAUUGA